AUGUCCUCACUCACCAACAAACUCUCGCAAUGGGUGAAAAAAGUGGUUAAUUCUGCUACGGUCGGCAAUGCAGCAGCAACAUCCAGAAAAUUCGUUGGAAAGGACCUGAAGGGAAAUAGUUAUUAUUCCGAAAUUAUGGGAGGAAAAGAAAGAAGAACGGUGGAGUACAGCUCCGACUAUGAUAAAUCCAUUUUACAUCUUCCUCAAGAUUUACCGUUAGAAUGGGUCUCAUGGCUCAAGUACAUGAGAGAUCAUCCACCCACCGAGAAGGAAUCUAAAAUGUUAGACGAAUACAGAGAAAGGCUCAGAGUUAAUGGCGAAAAGUGGGAUCAAGAGCAACAAAGACAAGCGUUGCAGAGUCAAGCCAAUGAGGCCAUGAAACGAGCAGGAUUGAGAGGAUAUGGUAGUACGACCAAUUACGAAAAUACUGGAACCUCCUAUUCAACGGAUAAACCUCCUUCAUUUCAAUUUAUUGCAGAUCGUUUGAGACAAGAAGGAGGAAUGUCGUCCGAUGCAGAGUCGUUGGCUAGUGAAGUUGAAAAUUCUGAAAGGUUGCAAAACACAAACAUUUCACGGAUAUUGACUGCAAGUGGAGAAUUGAAAUCGACCUAUUCAUCGCAAGAUAUUGAACAGAGAGAUGAAAGAUUAAAAAAAUUGGAGCAAACAGAGAGCAAUACACAAAAAGAUCCAUAUGCACAUUUAAUUCCUGAUCCACGAUUGAAAAGAUCUCGUACCGAUGAAGAUAUUCAGGAUAUCAUUGAUAGAGAAAAUAAGGAAUAUGAUUUACCAAAGGAUUUAUCAAAUCCAUCGAAUUUGUCACAAGAGGAAAUUAGAAAUAUCACAAGACAUUACUCUCGAAGUAGGACAAGCCCUUUUCUCGGCAAAAAGCCUCAAAUUAGAGCAAACUCGAAUUACAAAGUUGAUGAAUAA